UUCUAUAGCUGUCCUCUAUUGUCCAUUACUGGCUUUCAAAGAAUGUCAGGGAAGCUUUAGACACUCACUUCUUUGCUCCAAAACCAAACCCAGUUCCCUAAGAAAUGACUUCUUUACAUCAAUUGCUCUCUGACGAAGGUUUUCAGCGGACAAGUUUCUCGAAAACUAGGAAACAAGCACUCAAGCAUAGAGAAGAAUCUGUAAAAUUGCCUAAAUAUUUUUGCCAUGAUCAGAAAAGCCUUGAUUCUUUCAAGAACAAUACUAAGCAGGCAUCUACUCGAAAAGGGUCUUCAAUAUUUUCGUCGAAAAGAAUGAGUUCAGAUUCGGAGAUGAACAAGUUCAAGCCAUUGUUUAAGGGAGAUGAACCUGCAAUGGAUGAAGCAACUGUUAGAGCUGUAAUAUCUAUGCUUGGUGGCUAUAUAGGCAGGUAUGAAAAAGAUUUGAGUUUCAGGAAGAUGAUUAGAGACAAGUGCAACUCUUGCUUGGUGAGAAGAAGAAAGGAUUCAGAUGAUGGGAUUUUUGCAAAUAUGGAGCUGGGAAUUGAGAGCAUUGAGAAGUUGGUUGAAGAUCAAGUGACAAGGAAGGAAUUAAGAAUGAAGUCAUUGAGAAAUUCAAUUCAGCUAUUGAGUACUGUUGCUUCAGUGAACUCUAAAAAAUCAGGAAAUGGUUCAACCUGUGGUAUUCCCAAUUCCCAUAUCUCAGCUUGUGCUCAGUUGUAUCUAUCUAUAGUCUACAAGCUUGAGAAGAAUGAUAGGAUAUCAGCAAGGCAUCUACUUCAGGUGUUCAGCGAUUCACCUUUUUUAGCAAGGACACACUUGCUUCCUGAUCUUUGGGAGCAUUUCUUUCUUCCUCAUCUUCUCCAUAUUAAGAUUUGGUAUCAUAAGGAACUAGAGAAGCUCUCAGACUCUUCAAAUGUUGAUAAGGAAAAGAGAAUCAAAGUGUUGAGCAAGGCUUAUAAUGACCAGAUUGAUGUGGGAACAUUUCAAUUUGCUCUGUACUAUAGAGAGUGGCUCAAAGUUGGGGGCAAAGCUCCUUCAAUCCCUGCUGUGCCUUUGCCAUCUAGGCCUAGUCAUGCACCAUCAAGAAGGAAAUCAUCAGAUUCUUAUAGUUCACGUUCCUCCAGCAGCAGAAAUUUAUACCAAGCCGUAUUUGGUCCCACAAGUGAGCACCGAUCUGUGGAGCUCCCUUGUCAGGAUAGAGAUUCAAUGGAUGCUUGGGAUCCAAAGGAAGAAAAAAUGUGCAUAGAUGGUGGGUAUAACAGUUGCAAUUAUGCUACUAAUAAGACGACGACUCAUCGGAGGUCAUCGGGCCUAAACUAUAUAAUUUCGAGAAAUGAAUUGCGGGCUGAGACACAGAAAUCAGACUACUUCAGUUUCUUUUCUUGCCAGAGUAUAGUAUCAGAAUGCUUGGUGAAUAGCAAUCAUAUAGUGAGGAGUAACUCAAUCAAGAACCUUGAGAAUACCCAUCUUCCAUUAAGUGAUCUAAGUAGAGCUAUUUCUACCAUUUGCUCCUCAGGCAGUCUAAAUGACUGUGAAAUUGCUAUCAGAGUUAUUACCAAAGCUUGGCUAGACUCACAUGAUAAUCCCGUUAUCGAAAAUGUUUUAUCAAGAGAACCUGUGAUCGAGGGAAUACUUGAGGUCUUGUUCGCUUCUGAUGACGAUGAAAUUCUUGAAUUAGCUAUAUCAAUUCUAGCUGAGUUCAUUUCCAGAAAUGAGACGAACAGACUAAUAGUACUCAACUCUGAUCCACAGCUUGAAAUCUUCAUGAGACUUCUUAAAAGUAGCAGUUUGUUUCUUAAGGCUGCUGUUCUGCUUUAUCAGUUGAAGCCAAAGGCUAAACAAAUGAUAUCUGUUGAGUGGGUGACACUAAUACUUCGAGUUUUAGAGUUUGGUGACCAAUUGCAGACCUUAUUUACUGUAAGAUGUAUUCCUCAAAAGGCAGCAAUGUACUUCCUGGAAGAACUUUUAAUGGGUUUCAGUGAAGAUAGGAACUUAGAGAAUGCAAGUCACCUUGUGUCCCUAGGUGGAUUGAGCUUGCUGGUAAGGACAUUUGAGAAAGGAGACAUUGAUGAGAAGAAUAAUGCAGCUAUGCUUAUGAACUGCUGCAUUCAAGCAGAUGGUAGUUGUAGGAAUUACUUGGUUGACACUUUAAACAAGUCUGCUCUCCUUGAGCUCAUUGCCCAUGGAAUCCAGAAGAAAGCUACGGGAUUUGCUCUUGCUUUACUAACUGAGUUACUAUGCCUUAGUAGCAGAAGGACACAGAUCAUAAAAUUAUUAACUGAGCUUAAUAAUGGAUGGAGUGGCUUGAACACCAUGCAUAUAUUCCUAGUCUAUCUUGAGAGGGCUUCACCAGAAGAACAACCUUUAGUCGCAGGAAUUCUCUUACAGCUUGAUCUUCUGGGAGAUCCUCUAAAGUCCAGCCUAUAUAGGGAAGAUGCAGUUGAGGCAAUUAUAAGAGCUUUGGAUUGCCAAAAUUGUAACUCAAAAGUUCAAGAACAGUCUACAAGAGCUCUCUUGAUGUUGGGAGGCUAUUUUUCACACAUAAGAGAGGCAAAAGCAGAAGAAUGGCUUUUAGAACAAGCAGGUUUCCAUGAGAGAUCAGUGGAUUCAUUUUUCUGCAAGGAAGUAAUUGAUGGGAACUUGCAAGAAGAUGAAAAGGAAAUGGAAGAUUGGCAAAGAAAAGUAGCAAUUGUCUUGCUCAACACUGGUGGCAAGAGAUUCUUGGAAGCACUUUCCAAUUGCAUAGCCAAUGCCACCCCAAAUUUAGCACAAUCAAGCCUCUUUACUGUUGCAUGGAUGAACAGAGUUUUGCAUUCUGUAGGAGAUGCAACAUUUGUUGCAGAACUACCAGAAUCCUCAAAUUUUGACAGAGCUCUUCAUGGAAGGAUAGAUACUUCUGUUUUAUUGAAGCAUCAUGUAAAGAGUUCAGAAUGCAUUUCUAUGCUUUCAUCAUUGGAUAAAGAGUUGAUAGACCCCAUUCGAAAUUCUUCAUGAAGAAUUGGAGAAAUCAAAUACUAGAGGCUAGAAAAUUUUACUUGUUGAGCAAAUCAUCAAUGCUCAUCAGUGAGUGGAAGGAUUAGAGUACUCAUCCAGAGGUGUGUGAUAUAUCUGUUGUUCUUUUCUCUUCCUUUUUACUCUUUUAAUUUAUGUUACAAUCUUUGUGUAUGAUAAUGAAUGUAUGCAUACUGCAAAAUUCUAGUUUGAGGUCCUCUUCUUUCCUAGUAGAAUUUGUAAAGAGAAGCAUAUCUCAAUGAAAUAGAUGAUAUUCUUUGAAUAACAA